AUGAAGCAGGUAUUCUCACGCUGGGUUGUCCUGGCCAGCCUCCAUGGCUAUCUGCAAGGUGGCCUGGCGUCGGGCACCGACUGCGAUGCUGUCAUCGUCGAGUACCAGCCUGUUGUGAAGAUAUGCUCAGGCACCACGGUGACGACAACCAUGAUCAAGACAACAACAACCCAACUGUCGGCUGAGAGUGCCAAGGCGCUCUACAUGGAUGGCCGUGUUCAUGAGUCGGGCUCUGAUGGGGCCAAGUAUGGAUACAAAUCAGGCCACAAAAAGGGAGGGCACGGCUAUGAAUCCGACUCCGAAGAGUCCGGUUACGGUCAUAAGUCCGGCUCCAAGUCGAGUGGCCAUGGUCGUAAAUCCGGCUCCAAGGGUUCUGGUCAUGGAGAAAAAUCCGGCUCCAAGGGUUCUGGUCAUGGAGGAAAAUCCGGCUCCAAGGGUGCUGGCCAUGGAGGAAAAUCCGGCUCGAAAGGCGGCGGUCGCGGGCAUGGUAAUGGGGGCGGACAUGAUCGUGGUACCCGAGAUGGUGGAAAGCAAACCUCCACUGACACUGAUCUUCCGAUUUCCCCAACCUCGGGUGCCACCGCUACAGCUACCGGCACCGCCUCCAACUCUGGGACAUCUGGCCAGUCGACCCCUGUUUCGACUGGUACACAGAGCCCAACUUCUGGGGUGACUUCGGCUUCUACAACAUCCGCCACUACCCCCUCAGGAUCGGCGUUGGGGACGACGACCACGACUGACGCUUCCACUGCCGUAUCUUCUUCCAGUUCGCCAACUGCCACAGCUGCCGGGGAUUAUAGACAGAUCAUGCUCGAUCAACACAACAUACACAGACGCAACCAUUCUGCGCCAAACCUAUCAUGGAAUGUUGACCUGGCUACCUACGCGAACACUCUCGCCGAAACUUGCGUAUUCGCGCACGACACGAGUAUUGGAGGUGGUGGCUACGGCCAAAACCUUGCGGCUCUCAGCAGCUCUCCAAACAUUAACACUGCUGGCGCUCGUGCUGUGACCAAUUUAUGGUAUAACAGCGAGAUGCCGAACUAUGUUUACUACGGCAACAACCCUCCACCCGGCUCCAACCCCAGUGCUUGGAACCACUUUACACAAAUCGUCUGGGUUGAUUCAACCGAGGUUGGGUGUUCUACUGUCCUUUGCCCAGCUGGGACUAUUUUCGGCAUACCUGCGUAUUACACCGUCUGUAACUACAAACCGCCUGGCAACUUUGGUGGAGAGUUUAACACCAACGUUCUUGCACCCCUCGGCGAGCCAACGGUCGUUGUUGGUACCAUUCCGUAG